AUGUCAUGUGGGUCUGUGUCAAAAGCCUUGCUGAAGUUCAGGUAUGUUAUGUCCACCACUUUCCCCCAGCCCCCAACCAGUUACCUCGUCAACGAAGGAAACCAAGCUGGUUUGGCAGGAUUUGUUCUUGGUCUGUCCCAGCCGGAAGCCCCAGCCAUGGGCAGAGCCCUGCCGCCACAGCAGGAUGCAAGGGAACGGGAUCUCCAGGCUCAGGGCUCCUCCUGGAGAGCACGGGCUCCUGCCCCCCAUGCAGCCGCAUUGAGGGUCCUGAUCCUCGCCCUGCUCUGGAGGGGGUCCCUGUCCCAACUGCCCGGAUUUACCCUGACAGUGCCACAGUCGGUGUCAGUGCAGGAAGGUCUCUGCAUUCUCGUCCCCUGCACCUUCGCGUACCCAGCCUCUUAUGACACUAAGAAUUCCUGGUCCCGGCUCUACAGAUACUGGUACAAGGAUCCAGCCAAUGAGGACUCUGAUCCGCCCGUGGCCAGCAGUGACCCCAGCCGGGGAGUGUCGCAGGAGACCCAGGGUCGGUUCCAGCUGGCAGAGAAUCCAGCACGCGGUGACUGCUCCCUGCAAAUCAGCGACGCCCGACGGACGGAUACGGGGAAAUAUUUCCUUAGAGUCGAGAAAGGAAACUUUAAAUACAGUUACCACUUCAAUUCCGAUGGCACUGAUGCAAAGCUCACGAUCUCCUUGCCAGGGCUAACGGAGGAGCCAGAGAUCCAGAUCUCGCCAGCAUGGGGGCUGCCAGGGACGCUGCUGGCCGGGGAGCCGGUGACUGUGACCUGCACGGCCCCUGGGCGCUGCUCCGGGCCCCCUCCCCGAGUCACCUGGACGGGGCCGUUCAGCGACACAGCCCGGGAUGUCUCAGCCCAGCUGGCGAACGGCACCUGGGCCCACAGCUCCGCGCUCAGCUUCAUACCCGGCCCAGGGGACCAUGGCAAAGAGCUCGCCUGCACCGUCACCUACAGGCCACCACAGGGACCUUCCACCAACAGAACCGUCCAGCUCCACGUCGGCUGUGAGUGACCCCCCCAGCC